GUCUUUUUUUAAACUAAAAUGGAGGCUGGUUUCUUGCCUUAAGGAAUACAUUGCCGUGCCUGCUGGAGCCUAGAUGUUGACAUGUAACAGAGCCGGCAGCAGGAUGGUGGUUGACGCAGCCAAUUCCAAUGGGCCGUUCCAGCCCGUGGCCCUUUUGCAUAUCAGAGAUGUUCCUCCUGCUGAUCAAGAAAAGCUUUUUAUCCAGAAGUUACGACAAUGUUGUGUACUUUUUGACUUUGUUUCUGAUCCACUAAGUGACCUAAAGUGGAAGGAAGUAAAACGAGCAGCUUUAAGUGAAAUGGUAGAAUACAUCACACACAAUCGCAAUGUGAUUACAGAACCUAUUUACCCUGAAGUAGUACAUAUGUUUGCAGUUAAUAUGUUUCGAACAUUACCACCAUCUUCCAAUCCAACGGGAGCAGAAUUUGAUCCAGAGGAAGAUGAACCAACCUUAGAAGCUGCAUGGCCUCAUCUACAGCUUGUUUAUGAAUUUUUCUUAAGGUUUCUAGAAUCUCCAGAUUUCCAACCUAAUAUAGCUAAGAAAUAUAUUGAUCAGAAGUUUGUAUUACAGCUUUUAGAGCUCUUUGACAGUGAAGAUCCUCGUGAAAGAGAUUUUCUUAAAACAACUCUUCACAGAAUAUAUGGGAAAUUCUUAGGCCUAAGAGCUUACAUCCGGAAACAAAUUAAUAAUAUAUUUUAUAGGUUUAUUUAUGAAACAGAACAUCACAAUGGCAUAGCAGAGUUACUGGAAAUACUGGGAAGCAUAAUUAAUGGAUUUGCCUUACCAUUAAAAGAAGAGCACAAAAUAUUCCUAUUGAAGGUUUUGUUACCAUUGCACAAAGUAAAAUCACUCAGUGUCUACCAUCCACAGCUGGCGUACUGUGUAGUUCAAUUUUUAGAAAAGGACAGCACGCUUACAGAACCAGUUGUAAUGGCACUGCUGAAAUACUGGCCAAAGACUCACAGUCCAAAAGAAGUCAUGUUUUUAAAUGAACUAGAAGAAAUUUUAGAUGUUAUUGAACCAUCUGAAUUUGUAAAAGUUAUGGAGCCUCUUUUCAGACAGCUAGCCAAAUGUGUGUCCAGUCCACACUUUCAGGUUGCGGAGCGAGCAUUAUACUACUGGAAUAAUGAAUAUAUUAUGAGUUUAAUUAGUGAUAAUGCAGCAAAGAUUUUACCCAUCAUGUUUCCAUCCUUGUACCGGAAUUCAAAGACGCAUUGGAACAAGACAAUACAUGGCUUGAUAUACAAUGCUCUGAAACUCUUCAUGGAGAUGAACCAAAAACUGUUCGAUGACUGCACACAGCAAUUUAAAGCAGAAAAACUGAAAGAGAAGCUAAAAUUGAAGGAACGGGAAGAAGCAUGGGUUAAAAUAGAAAAUCUAGCCAAAUCAAAUCCCCAGUACCCAACAUAUAGUGACACGAGUUUGCUGAACAGUCCUGUUGCAAUGGAAACAGAUGGGCCUUUAAUUGAAGAUUUGCAGAUGCUGAAAAAGACAGUGAAAGAAGAGGCUUGUCAGGCACAGAAAGAUCAGAAAAAAGAUCGUCCUCUUGUGCGACGCAAGUCAGAACUGCCUCAGGAUAUCUAUACCAUGAAAGCCUUGGAAUCACAUUGCAGAGCUGACGAAUUAAUAUCACAUGAUGGGCAUUAAACUAUUACAGUGAAAUAUUAUUUUGGAGGAACAGGUUGUUUUUUUUCUGGACUCAGUUCUACAGUAGAACUUACUUUUUUGUGCCAUACCAAUCAGUUACACACAAAGUCAAAGCUUUCUUCAACCCAGUUCUGUCGGCAAUAACUUAAUAGAGUAUGCAGCUCAAGAUUAGUAGUUCAAACAAUGGUAAAUUACCCAAGUCCAUAUGCAGAAUAUUGGGUUGACUAUAAUCAAGUGGACACAAUUUCCCGGAGGUGUUAUCAUAGUACCAGCUAGCUGAUAACAUGCAGUUUUUAUACUCAUAUUUGAGAAAAGCAUUCUAUAAACUCUUUCUGUCUAAAUAAGUGAAUGACCAAUAGUUGGUACUAAUGAUAAAUGUGUGUUUUCAAAAGUGAAAUUAUUUCAAAUUUAAGUAUUAAACUUUUUCUAGGAUUUCUCAACUUUACAGUUGUUUCCACAUUAUUGCUGUCUUGUAAUAUACCAGCAGUUUUGAAAAUACACAGUUAUUCUUUCGUAUUAUAAAACAUGGCUUACAAACUGGUAACUUUCAUGACAAUCCUCAAUCAUCAUUCCUUUCUAAGAAUUCUGUAAAUUUAUUUCUCCUUUACUUAGGAUAAAGAUAUAUAUCUAUAUAUACCAUGUCCUAAUACUUUAUGUAUAUUUAAAGCCAUAUUUUCCAGUCUUUAGUGUAUAAUACGGCACCAGUAUUCCAGAAAUGAACUGGUAGAAGAAUUUUUCCUAAAAUGAAAAUUUUUACUAUGACUGGGAAUAGACUGACUAUAAAAUUUCAUUUUACAUUUUUUUUCAAGUCAAUAAAUACUCUUUCACUGUUUUCUCCCUUAUCUGAGCUUUUAAUACUCAGCAUUUUUCUUGGGCUCUAGGAGUUCAAUAUUCUGUGGCAGAUACUAUGCGUGAUUUCAGUUGCAUCAGUUUUUAUCUGAAAGGUGAACGUAACCUUUCAGGAAACACAACAUCAUAAGCUUAUUAAAAUAAGAAGAACAACAGACCCUUGAAUUCCAUUCUGCUUCUUUUUAGAUGAGUCUAAGAGCUGAGGAGAUAAUAGUAAUUUUACCGUGACAAUAUUUUUUGUUGUUGUUGUAAAGAGCACAUGUGCUGCAAAUACACCUCACAAGUGAACUGAAAAUGCAUCUGAGUUGCUGAUGAUCUUCAAAUGCUGCUAUAUAUUCCACAAGAUUACUUGCAUGUAAUGAGCUUUUUGUUGUAGAUGGAAAAGCACGGAAGGAAAAUCUCUUUAAAAAUAUAGUGCUUUGUCUUCAAUAUUUGAUUUCUCUCAGGGUGGCCAGUAUUUUGACUUACUUAUCCUGCUUACAAGCUGUUUGAAAUGUGUUCUGCUAUUCUAAAUGGGUGAUUAGUUUCUUUCGUCUCUGGCAGUAACAUGAUAGAACUUAAUGUUUAAUGUCUUGAUGCAUAAAGAGAUAAAAACGUGGCUUCUUUAAAAAUAGUUUUGUUUUACUUUUUAAGGAAGUAUAACGUCUCCUGCAUCCAUUAAAAAAAACAAAUGCGCAAAGCAGACAUUCAUAGUAACCUUGUGCAGAUGUAGUGCCUGCUGUUUGUUGGUUGCAUUUAACAUUCGAUUUCCAAUAUUUGUUAUGUUGUCUACUGGAAGAAAAUUGUGGGUGGUAAAUAUUGGCUUACAAUAACUAAAUUUAAAGACCAACCCAACCUUUAAGUGGAAUGUCCACUGUGUCUGAAAACAUUUCCUGUAAAACUUGAAAAUGAAUAUGCUUUACCAUUAGGAUAAACUAUAUUAAAACAGUUUAAAGAUGCCUUCUCCUUUUGAGGGAAAAAGGGUGCUUUUUUAAUUGUGUAAAGCAAUGUCUAUGUAUUUUGAUAUACCAUUGUUUGAACUUCCAUCUUUAGCUGGUAGAUUAUCAGUUAUCUUUGAUUUUGGGUGUUCAGUAUGUUUGUGCAAGAGGUUGCUGAAAGGAAUUAUUCUUAUGUUACCCAAGGGGAAAAAAAAAAACAAACCUGUAUAUCAAUGUUUGAUUGAUUGUGUGAUGCUCAACGUAUAAGAACAUCUUUCACUGUCUGGAUUUUAUUUCUGUUCUUUAUUGAAGAUAAACACUCACCAAAAAGGGAAGUAUUAUGGUAUUUUUAAAGGCUUAAAGUUCACCAUAAAUUCAUAAUUGAAGUUUUGGGCCACUGAACACUUAGGCAAUAUUCCAAAACCUAUCACCACUAAUGGUUUAGCAUGUUUAUUAUCAAUAUUUAUAUGCUACUUAUAAUCCUGUACUAAACCAUUCCGAAACUAAUACAUCCAAAAUAAAAAGAAAAAUUAAAGUAGAAUUUUGGUGACUGUUGUUCUUCAUAAAGUUCUGUGUCUGAUACCUUUCCCCGUUUUCCAAAAUUACACCUGUACAUCAGGAAUGUCAAAAGUAAUAUUACAAGUGUCUUUUUAGUGUGGCUUUAGUAUGGCUUCAUUUUAAUAUUGUACAUACAUUGUACCUUGUUUUAUGGUAAUAAGUAAUAAAAAUGUAGACUUCAUAUUUUGUACAGAAUUGUCCUAUGUACAGAAUAAAAAGUUCCUAGAAACAGCAAA